GUUGAGUCCCUUAAGGAUACCGAGACUGUCAUUGCCAAGGCCCUCGAGUACGCCAAGUCUGUUGGCCUCGUGAAGGUUGGUGAUAAGGUUGUUGCCGUUCACGGUAUCAAGGAGAACACUGCUGGUGCCACCAACAUGAUGGAAGUUGUCAAUGUUGA